AACGCUAGUGAAGUUAUGUUGUUGUUGCUGUCUGAUUAUUUUCGUGAGUUGGUUACUAACUAUCAACUGUAUCAGUGGGGUCUGCAGUUUGCUAACUAAUAGAUAACCUUACACGUUGUUUGUCUUGUAUCUUUUGGCUGAAUUACAAGCGUUAUCAUAAUAUUGAGGGGCAGGUAAUGUGUAACAGUGUUCUCAGACCUAGUUAGCUAGCCCGGCUAAAACUAAGUAAACGUCUCAUAUUCAGAUCAAAUUAUAUGUCAUAUUUUCUCAUCAUAGUAAACUUACUUCCAUGACAUGGCGAUGUGGAGCGACGUUGAGCUUCUGACCAACGAUGACACAAACACUAUCCGCCUCGGCAGUGUGUCCAGGGAGGAGAAUGGUAGCGGCUUGUAUCAGGUGGACACACUGGUCAAAAUCUCCACUGCCAAUGAGGUGCAUAGAGAUCCCUGUCUGUCCUCCUCCAGUGGGUCAAACUGGAGCAUUGUUGUGGCUGACAAGACAGUUAUCCUGUUUGACCAGAGCUAUCAAACCAUCCUGCUGCUUCUGCAUUUUGAAACUGCUGUGGAUGCCAUUGAUGUCUGCCUGGAAGGACAGUUUUUGGUGGUCUGUGAAAGAAAUGGAAACUUUCAUUUGAUCUAUGUUCCACACAAGAGAAUCCUUCUCACCCGGGCGCUGGUGGAGGAUCCAGCCACUGAAGAUAAGAAAACCUAUCGGUAUCUCAUCAUAGAGGAGGACAAAGCAUCUUUAGGGAUAUACCAUGUGUUCCUUCUUAUAAAAGAUGGGUUCUUCCACAUUACAAACCUUGCAUUGGCAAAAAUCGAGACAGCUAUUGAAAAAAUGGAUAUGGGAUCUUUGAAAGAGCUCCAGUCGCUCAUCAAGAUAGACUUCUGUUCCACCAGCGAAUACCACGAGGAGGGCUGCAGCACAGCAGUCGUGUUCAACCUGGGCCCUGAAAUCCACUUAAUAAUCGGGGGGGAUAAAGAGAAUGUUUUGACUCACUGGACGAUGGACCCUCAUCAGGCCAAGAUGUGUCUCACUCACACUGUGGACGACAGCUUGAUUCCAGGUGUGAGGAAGAUGGUGGUGGCAGACAACCUCUUGUAUAUUCUUGACACUGAGGAUUCCCUGAGUCUUUGGGACCUACAUUUUCUGGUCAUGAUUCACUGCUGGCAGGAUCUUGCUAUUCAUGACUUUGAACUCACCACAGAGUGUGGCUCCGUUGUGGCCCAAGACACGGGCAGCAUGAAGAUGAUCACACUGACUAAGCAGGACAACAGCCAGAUCAACUCAAUGCAAAUAAGAUUCCUGCCCUCCAUGACGGUUUGCUACUCUCUGGAUGUCUCCUCAGUCUCUUGUCUUGUCCAGACAAAAAUAAACAUGGAUACCAUUUAUUUAGUUGAGGGGAUUUGUGAGGAUGCAGAAAGUUGUGGAGAGCCCAUAUCUUCUGUUGUUGUCAGAUGCUUCACAGAGGCUUUGCCGGAGAACAGACUAAGCAGACUCCUUCACAAACACAUGUUUGAGGAGGCUGAAAAGUUUGCCAUCACAUUUGAGUUGGAUUUAGAGCUCGUUUACAAGGUGAAGCUUGACUUUGUGCUGGAGCAGCUGGCCUCCGCCUCUGUGGGCGGCUAUGGAGAGGGUGUGUGGUCUGAACUUGUGGAGGAGGCCAAGACCAACCUGAUGAAGAUCACAGAUGAGCAGUAUGUGGUGGAGUACUGCCUGAAGGCUCCAUGGCCGACCUUUGAGACGGCAGAGAAGAUGCUGAACCACGCUGCCACGCGAUACUCCUCUUUACAGAUCCAAGAGGCUCUGGCCAGGCUGUCUACGUUCUGCAGCCUGCACGGCCUGGAAAACUUCAAUGGCAUCGAAUGGAUUGAGUUUCUGAACAGCACGGACAAUUUGGGAGAUAUUCUCUCCCACCUGAGAGAGGGAGACUUGAAGGGUGCACAAAUCAUAUGGCUCAGAUAUGAGGGACACAUUGCAGCCGAGUUCGAUGAGAGGAAUCUUGAAGCUGUGCUCGGUGUUAUCCCAGAGGACCUGCCAUCCCAAGACCUCUGUCCUUGGUUCAGGACAGUUUUUGUUCCUUUUGUGAGGAGAGUGCUUCCAUCAGGACGGAAAAUCCUGGCGAGAUGGCUGGAGCAGAGAGCGAGGAAUCUGGAGUUGACAGAAAAGGGCGCUUGGCCCCAGAACGGGUUGGACUUGGCCGUGCUUGGACUGCCUUCGCUGCUGACUUGGAUGAAGUCUGAUGAUGAUUAUGGUGCAGACGAGGUGGAGAACCUGAAAUCCCUGGUGUCGAACCUCCGCCAGCUCCUGGACCUCCAGCGGAAAUACAGCUGCAGACUUUCACUUUCAGUCUUUGAGAAGGGAAGUGUACGGAGCGUGGCUUUCUUCAUGCUGGACAAAGUGCCGGCUCCUGAGCUGAUCGCCGCCACCGUGGAGAGCCGUAUCCUGCCGUACGCCGAGGAGCACGAGACUCCUUUUGAUGAGCUGCUCCUACAGUACAUCAAGGACCUGCUGGAGCGCUGCAGUUCUCAGACCACAACACUGUUCACAGAAUGGGAAGCCAAAGCAGUCGCAGUGUUAGAUUGCAUGAGUGAUACCGAUAUGAAGGUGGAUGCUGUGCUGGAGAUCAUGCAGAAAGCUGUGGUGCCCUGGAGUAACGUGGUAGAAAAGCUGGUUCAGCAGUACCUAGAGAUGGAUGGACCAAAGCAAGAGCUUUUAAAGGAGAGCUACCGUCUGAUGGAGAUCAGGAAACUCCUCCGGGGCUACGGGAUCCGCAACUUCAACCUCUCUAACAGCACUCAAAUCAUGACGCUGAUCAGAUACAUCCUAAAGCAAGACCUGCCCAUGUCCUUAGAAGACUCCCUGACUUUAGCCGAAGCGUACAAACUUCCCACCUCGCAGAUUAAUUACUUGUUCUUCAUCCAGCUGAUUGGCACAGGCAGGACCGAGGAGUGCAUGACUGUCCUGAAGAAGCUGUCAUCUGCAGAGGCCGAGUGUGUGAUCGAGCGUCUCACCACCUGGGCCAGGCUGCAGCUGGAGGACAAAGCCCACAUUUCUGACGAGCACAAGAAGAACCAGAUGGUCGUCGCUCAGGGGAUGGUGGAGGCUCUGAAAUACAUGCACAUAAUCCAAAAGCGUGAUGCUCUUAAAAGCAUGGAGUGUGAAAACAACCUCAUCAUGUUCAAGGCCAUCGCCCACCUACAGGAGGACUUUGAUGUCUUCUUCACCCCCUCCAACUAUGAGGAUCCGAGCAUCAGAAAACAGAUCCAGGAGCAUCACAUCACGGCCUACGAGAACACGCAUAGCCGCCAAUCAUCAGAGGCCAAGGCUACGAUCACUCCGGUUGUGGCGAAUGAUCCCGAUGGCAAAACCAAGACCAUUUCCACAGAAGCUGGCCUGCGUCGCCUGGGCAGGCAGCUGCAGCGCACCGAGCAGGAGCUCUGGUCCGACUUAGCCCUGCGCGCCCUGGGAGUGGGGAAGGUGCACAAAGCGAUCAAGAUCCUCAGUGAGCUGUAUGAGCACCACUACAACACCAGCACAGGGAAGGUUUUGUUCACCGCCGCCAAGACGUUAUGCCAGAUGCUGGAGGCGGACGUUCCCAUGGUGCUUCCCGCCGACACGGACCUGCCGGCAGUCAUCCAUGAUCUGGCCUGUCAGGCUAUCACUCUGUGCCACUCAGAUCUUCUGCUGGACUGUCUGGAGCUCUGCAAGUGCACACACAUAGCGAUGGAUGUCUAUCAUCAGUGUCAGUUAUCAGACGACUAUGGUUUUAUAGCCAAGGAUUCAACCUUGGAGACAGAAAAAGACCCUCACUCUCAGUGGAGCUUUCAGGAUGUUUUCAAUGAAGAUUGCAUUGUUCUGGACCCGGUGUCUGUGCUUCCAGUCCAAUAUGAAAUAACCAACUGCUUGCUGCCUAUUUCUCUGGAUACCAAGCUGUACCCACUGGACUGCUCCUGUCUGUCACACUGCUCGUUUGAAAACGGCUCAAAUUACCUGCAGCCCCUCCUCGGGCCCCUGGCCAACAUGCUGCAGUGUUUACAGGAGUGCAGUCAGCUGGAGCUGGCCCUCAGAGUGCUCGUCAACUCCUACGGUAGCUGCCUGCAGCACGUCACCUCUAAUGUUAUGGACAUAAAGCUCAGUGUGCAGCUGUACGAUACCCAGAAGCUUAAGAAUUACAACUUAUGCUUGAAUAAUCUGCGUAAGACAACCACUUCGACUCUGGAUGCCGUUGCUGUGGCUCUCCUUCACAAGGUGUUCAACUGGAGGGUGGUCGAUUGUGAUUUGGCUAUUGGACUCUGUACGCUCCUCCCCAAAGCAGAGGUCUUAAAAAUACUCUGGAAGUUUAUUGACAGCACCUGGCAGAACUAUGACAAAAUCUUGGCUGUGGCCAGGAUCGGAGCUAAUCUCUGCUGCUUGUACGACGAGGUCGAGGAGCGAGAGAAGUUCCUCUUCGUCAUCACCGAUGCUGAGUGGGGCAUCAAGCUCGCCAAACUGGAGAUAUCCAUGCAGCCUGUGUUCCGUCAGCGUCCGGAGAUGAAGAGGAGUCUGAUCCCUGACCUGGUGAAAAACAGGAGGAUCACCCCGGAGAUCAUCUUCCAGUACUGCAGCACUUUUGGCCUGGACCGUGACAGUGUGAUCAACCAGUACAUCACCACCUUACUGCUGCUUCAAGAGGACGGGGAUGGUGCCGGGGACCCGGGGGCCAAUCAGAAAGAGAUGCAGCCUCUGUGUCAUGUGGAUGAGCUGGAGCGAGUCCUGCAGAUCAUCCCCAUGUUGCACAACACCAGCGAGCUCACCGACACCCUCUGUGCUGACAUAUAUAAGCUCAGCCCUUAUAACUACGAGAGGAUCGAGUUAGUGCUGAAGAUCAUUCAGGCCGCAGAUGAGAAUGUGACAACCUUUUCUGUCAGCCGGGCAAUGGGCCUCCUUCAGCACCUGAAGUCCUACAAGCGAGUCUCUCCUCCCUCAGACGUGGAGAACGCGUAUCUUCUGGAGAAUAACAUGCUGCCAAACCUCCUGUCCAACAGAAGACUGCCCUUCCACCUGCUCAUGCAGACCAAACACUACUGGAAGAUUAUCUCUCCUGAGCUCAGCGAGGAGACCUUUCCUACUCUUCUGCUGAUUAGCAAACUGAUGAAGGUGAGCCUCGACAAGUUAUACAUGUCAGCAGUGAACCAUGUGUUUGAGCAGAAGAUGAAGCCUUUGCUGUUGGAGCAGAGGAAGCAGGGUCAGGAUCACCGCUACAAUAAGCAGACCUUCAAGGUGGCCAAGACCAUGAUGAAGUACAUCCACUGCAUCCAGAGCCAGGAGUGGGCUGCGGCCACUGCCCAUAAGAUCACCCAGGAGCUGCCUCCAGGCUACGAGAAGACGCAGUCCCUCCGUUUCUGUUUGACUCUUGGAGACGCCUGGCUGAAGGAUCCGAACCUUGACGAGGCAGCACGAGCCAGAGGGGAAACCUUCCUGUCGAAGCUGAAGCUGCAGUUCCAGCGCUCGGCCACAGAGAACACGCUGAUAACGAGCCAGCUGAACAGCCCCGAGCAUCUGAAGCUGACCGGGCUCCCGGCCUGGCUCAUCGUGGCUCUGUACGAGCACAGCAGCGUGGAACAGCGCUACAGAGACUCGGGAGUUCAAGUCUAUCCUGAUAUACACGCAGUGGUUAAAGAAAUAGCCACCAUUAACAACGUGGAUCUCCUGAAAAUCCGUAACAUGAUGCUGGAGAAAUGGAUUUGCAAAACAGGCCCAGCUGUCACCAAGGAUAUUGGUAAUCAUGAAUGUGUCAGCAACAUGGAGGAGGACCCAGACUUAAUGAGGGUGGUGUACAUGCUGCAGGCUUUCCCCAUCAACGAUGCUGUCCGUGUUCUGAACCCAAUUCUCUCCGCUGAAACCUGGCCUCUCAGCACUUCUGGACCUCGUCUGACAUUCUGCCAUCGAACUCGAGCGCUGCUGUGUCUCGUCCGCCUCGCUGACUCGGCCACUCUGGAGGCUCACCUGCAGAUCCCCAGGACCAAAAUGAAAUACUAUCUGAAGUGCUACAUCUUUGUCUCUCAACUGGAGGCGUUGAACAUCCCUUACACGGUGCAGUCGUUCCUCAGUAGUCCCAAGGAGGGCUUGGUUAAAGGGCUCUGGAAGAACCACAGUCAUGAGCCGCAGGCGGUGCGGCUGGUGGCGGAUCUGUGCCUCGAGUAUCAGGUGUACGACCCUCAGCUGUGGAACAGUCUGCUUCAGAAGCUGCUCGGAUUCAACCUGAUCAGCCACCUCCAGAAGGUACUAGAGGCAUUAGUGGCUGUGCCUGCUCUCUGGGAGAUUUCCAGUUUCUCGAGGACCUGGAGGAGUAUGAUACUGGCACCAUUUGUCUCAGCUUCUCUUCCUCUGAGUCCGGAUCAACAGGCGACGCUCUACAGGACCUUUGUUCUCCUUCUCAAGUGCCCCUUCCUGCUGAAUCUGGAUCUGAUAGGAAUUGCCAAUCGCUUCGCACAGUUCAAUCUGCCGGCCUUUGCUCUGGGAGCUCUCCUUCUCAUCCCCUGUGCCAACAAAAAGGCUCAGCAGAUCCAAGGCUUCCUGUCAGGGUGCAACCCGGUCGCUGUCCUGGAUCAGGUGGAAGAGCUCAUGAAUACCGGGGAGUUAGCUGGAGUUCCCUCACAGAUCAGGGAGACGGUUUUAACGUUCAUCAGCCAAAAGGGUCAGCACCAGAAACUGUUGAAGACCAAACACCUAAAGCAUCUGAAGCAGCUCAUUGUGUCGAGCGGACAACCGAACCAGGUGAAGGACUUGCUGGACUGCCUGAUCAGCCAGAACUGUCAGGACGAUGCUGACUCGCUCGCUCGUGAGUUCAUGAAACUCCGAGAGUAUCAACGAGGAAAAACCCUGAGCAACGGCUCACCUUCACCGAGCUGCAUAAAGGAGUUUCUCAACAUGCAAAAUGGAGUUUCAGGGUGAGCUGACAGGAUUUCUGCAGAUGUAUUUAUGUAUUCUUCCACUUCUCUUGGGCUGAGAUGCAAUAUUUGCACUUAUUAACCAUCUUUCAGUUAUUGAAUAAAUGUUGUUCAUUAUUUGUUUCUGAAGGCUUUUAAUCUUUCUUUGUUCUAUAACCGCCUGGCUUAUUAGUAUAUUGUUAUAACUGCUCACUAACAGUAUUAGAAUAAACAAUUUCAUGAAAACUAUUCGAAAGAAAACUCACUAACAUGAAGAGUUAAGAGUCUGUGAAUAAAUGACUUAAACUUCAAUGUAUACAAAAAAAAGAAGACAAGCAGCUGUGUUGUUGUCGCCUGCUGGACUGUAUUUGAAAGGUUUUGUCCUAUUUUCUUUUCUUAAUAAAAUGUUCUGUAAAAUGA